GCUUCACGCAUGCGCCGGCGGCAGCGGCGGCGGCAGCAGCGAGUUGGCGCGGUAAGCGCUCGGCCGGCUGGAUGGUGCUGAACCGGGUGCGGGCAGUUUUUUUUGAUCUGGACAACACGCUCAUCGACACGGCCGGGGCGAGUAGGAAAGGCAUGUUGGAGGUGAUAAAGUUCUUACAAUCAAAAUACCAUUACAAAGAAGAGGCUGAAUCCAUUUGUGACAAAGUUCAAGUUAAACUCAGCAAGGAAUGUUUUCAUCCUUCCAGUGCAUGCAUUACUGACCUAAGGACUUUACAGUGGGAAGAAGCAAUCCAGGAAACAAAGGGUGGUGCAGCCAAUAGGAAAUUGGCUGAAGAAUGUUAUUUCCUGUGGAAAUCUACACGUUUACAGCAUAUGAUNCCCAGAAAUGGUGUGGUAAUAGAGCUGCCUUAA